AUUUAUUCUGUCUACGGGUGCAGUUCUCUCCCUACUCGCCACUCUCUUCUGCAUAUUCACCCUAGGACCUAAGAAGCAGAUGUAAAAUGUCUGUACUAUGUGCGAGAACUGGUUUCUUGAUUAAAAUACCAUCUUUAUAUCUAGCUCAUGGUAGUCUUAAUACACAGGCAGCCCGACCAUUUCCUGUUAUUUCCGAUACAUUGAAUACAACUUCGGCACAAGCUCAGGAUGCAAGAGCUAGAGCUACUGGUCUAAUAACUGAGCUGAGAGCACAAAUAGAGACCUGUGUGCAGGGUGGGGGAGAGAAAGGAAUAGCGAGGCAUGUUAGAUUAAAUAAAAAGGUAUUGGUUCGAGAGAGGAUUCGGCGAAUACUUGAUCCAGGAACAGAACUCUGGGAGCUCUGUACAACUGCUGGAUUAGGACUUGAAUACGGGGAUGUACCGUGUGGUGGAACAGUGUGUGGUGUGGGAAGAAUUCAUGGAUCAGAUGUUAUGAUAAUCGCAAAUGAUGGAACUGUGAAGGGAGGAACCUUCUAUCCCAUCACAAUAUCAAAACAGCUAAGAGUUCAGGAAAUCUGUUGGAAGAACCGGUUAGCUUGUUUGCAAAUAGUUGACACUGGCGGUGCAUUCCUUCCUUUGCAGUCUGAUAUAUUCCUACGAGGGGGGCGAGGGUUUGCUAACCAGGCCCUCAUGUCAAGCCAGGGAAUACAGCAGGUUGCUCUUGUGUCCGGACUAUGUACAGCUGGUGGUGCGUAUGCUCCCACGAUGUCGGAUGUUGCAAUUAUAACACACAGAAUCGGAAACAUAUACCUUGGGGGUCCGCCGCUUGUUAAAGCUGCAACAGGAGAAGUAGUAACCGGUGAAGAACUAGGUGGAGCAACUAUGCACUGUAGUGUAUCCGGGAUUACUGAUCACUUCGCUAAGGAUGAGGAGGAGAGUUUUGAAAUCACACGGGACGUUGUCGCUUCUUUAAAUCUUGAAUUAACAAGUGAGCUGGAUUCUUCUUGUCCUCCGCUCUAUGAUUCAACUGGAUUAGAACAGCUUGCCGGUCAAACACAGAUGCUCAAACCAGAUGUUUAUGCGCUUUUAGGUCGGUUACUUGACGGAAGUAGAUUCCUUGAGUUCAAAACUAUGUUUGGAGAAAGCCUCGUGUGUGGAUUUGGCCGGCUUUCUGGACAGCUGGUUGGAGUUCUUAUAAAUGCCGGGAAUAUUACGGGAGCAGACGCACAGAAAGGUGGCCAUUUUGUUCAACUCUGCGAUAACAGGGAUAUACCUUUAGUUUUUAUUCAGAAUAGUUCAAAUUCAAGUAGUGAAAGUGUAGAUGCCUCAACAUUAAAGGAGAGAGCUAAAUUUAUUCAGUGUCAAUCCAUAGUCCGUGUGCCUAAAGUCACUUUAAAUGUUGGUGGCGCCAUCUCUGAUGAGAAUUAUACAAUGUGUGGACCUUCAUUUGAUCCUAGAUUUUACUUUAUGUGGCCAGGAGCAAGGCUGCUUAAAUCUGACCCUGCUGUUCUAUCUGAUGAGCCCGAAGCUGCCUCUUCUAAGCCAAGGAAGCAGCUGAGUGAAUACAAGUUUGAGAGUAGCAGUGCAGCCUGGGCAGCUGCCAGAACUCUUUGUGAUGGAAUUAUUGCUCCUGGUGAGACAAGAGAGGUUCUAUCUAGAGCAGUUCAGCUUGGUAUGUUGCACCAUACGCCAUUGAGAGAUAGUAGAGGGCAGUCUAGAGCAGCAAUUAGAAUGUAAA